CCUCCUCAUCACCUCUUAACCACCACCAAAAAAAUUAUUUAAAGACAUGCAGCAGGCAAUGAAGGCGGCUUCAAAGCUGCCAGUUAAACCCGAUGAAGAGGCAUUUAAGAAAUCUCUUGCACAGAUUGACAAAGAACUUGAACAAAUGACAGAGAAAAUAGAGGGUAUUCGGGUAAAAGAAGCAGUAUUUAGAGAGACGGGAGGGGUUAGAGUACGGUCGAAAAAUAUCCGGCAUCAGUUGGACGAAAUUCGGGAGAAACAGGCGAGAUUAAAGUUGUCGAAGCAAAAAACGGUAGAUCAAGUGAAACAAAUUGAAGAAUCUAUGAAGAAUAAGAUUAAUGAGGUUCAAGCGAUGAAGAAAAAACUACCAUUUAAGACGGUAGAAGAACUGGAUCGACAUGUUUUGGAAUUAGAAAAAGCGGUGGAUAUGGGUGUAUUGAAGUUAGUGGAAGAAAAAAGAUGUUUAAAUGAGAUUUCUAUGUUGAAACGGUUAAGAAGGUCAUUUAUGGAAGUGAUGUAUCAGCAAUCGUCGAUUGAUUUGGAUAAAAAGCGAAUAGCGGAGAUUAAGGGUACGUUAGAGGACCCGGUUUCGAAAGCGCUAUCAGAACAAUAUGAUAAAUUGAAAGCAGAGCAAAAUAGCUUACAUCAGGAGCAAGAUAAUGUGUAUAAAUCGCAAAAGAGUUUAUAUACAGAGAGGAAUUUGUUAAAUCAAAAGAGGAAUGAGAUUUAUGAGAGAAGAAAGAAGCUUCAAGAUGAAUAUUAUACGGAACUGCGUAAGUAUCAAGAUUUUGAGAGGGAGAAGAAGCAGAAGGCGUGGGAGAAGCGAAAACAACAGCAGGAUGAGUAUAAUCGAGAAAAGAGGAAGCAAAUGGCGGAUCGAAUGUUAGAAGAAGCGAGUCAACCGGCGUUUCUUGAAGAGAUAUAUACAUGUGAGAAUCUUAUUCGAUUUUUAAAUCCGUCUUCAGUUAUUUUGGAAACGAAUUCAUUAGAGGAUACGAAAUUACCGCAAUUGAAUAUUCGUACAGUAUUAGAAACGGACGAGAAUUUUGGAAUAGUUUUAAAAUCUAAGGCAGAACGUGAGGAUUAUUUCAUUUGUUGUAAUGAAAAGAAGGGUAAAGCAAAUAAGCGUAAUAAAAAGUCUUCGUCAGGUUAUGUGAAUGGAACUGGGAAUUUCAAUAUUGAUAUGAGUAUUUUGCAACAAUUUUCUUUUGUUAAUGUUACACCACCAUUUAAUCAUGGUGAAAUUCCAUUAUGUAUUGAGAAUUUAAAACAAAGAAUGGUAUGGUAUAAAGAAAAUCAAGAAAAGACGGUUGCAGAACGUAUUGAGAAGGCUAAAAAAGAAAUUGAAGAAUUAGAAGCGAAAGCUUUACAGCAGAGUCAAGAGAAAAAGCAUGUUCAAAAAAAAACAAAUGAUAUAUCGAAAAAAGAAGUAGCUGAUUCUUAGUAUAUUUUGAUAUUAUAUAGAAGAAGUUUAUAUGGAAUUUUACAAA